UCGAUUUUCUCCACUUUCACAUUAUCCUUCAGAAGGACGCAGCUGUUAUUUUUCUACCUUUGCAACAAUGGGAGAUAGUAAAUAUAACGUGGUGUCGAAAUUUGUAGCUAUCUUGGAUUUGUUGCUCUCAAUCGCAAUUCUUCUUUGGAUUGGGUGGAACAUUUUCCUUGGGGAUGAAUUUUUAAGCUUGCCAAGUGACGGGAAAAAGAAGAAGGAACAGACAGAUAAGAUUCCAAUGGUGGUAAUUCCAAUGUUAUCCUUGCUUAUUGGUGGGCUGGGUGUUAUCUUUGCUAUAAAACUUCUUAAUGCGACAGACUCAGAGGUCAGCGGUGCUAUGACACAAAUUCACAAACGUGGAACGAUUCGGAAUUGGAUUAAAGUUUCAAUAUGUAUAUGUAUCUGUAUAUUGAUUCUGGUUACAAUAAUUGCUAUGAUUUCUGGGGGGUUAAGUCCAACCAUUGUUGGAGGUUCUGUGGUUGCUGUAUUAUUUAAAGUAUUUGGGAUUUCGGUAGUCUAUUUAUUUUACAAGGAUUUAGAAAUAAAUAGUGAUAUUGAAGGGGUCGAGUGAUAAAAUAAAUGUUUGGAAAAUCCAAAAAGUUUCCGGAAUGUUAUUAUUUAUUUUCAGCAUUUGUGUAUUUUUAAAAAUGUAAAGAUUUUAAUUUUCAAGAAAUUAGCUAAAUGUGUUUACAAAGAAGCUGAACAAGUUGUGAUGCCCCCAAUAUCAAAGUCCAAUAGAAAUAUAUGUUGUUGUAGGUGACCCUGAAUUUCGUGAUGUCACUAAAUCAAGGGGGCUGUUGUGUUCGGAACGGUGCAGAAAUUUAUGACAUUUUCAUGCAAGAAAAAUAUUCGCACAUAUUUAUGUACAAAAAUAUCUAUAAUGUUCCAAAACAACCAAGAAGCACAUAUUUGCAUAUGACACGGCACAUAUUAUGUUGAACCUUUCUUUUUUAUCUGAUCCACGUUUUUGGCAACUUCGAUAAGACGCAUAACUCAC